UCGCGUUAAGCGUUUCAGAAACACGAGCUCGUGUGUGGUUUUUGUUGCAGUUUUACAGCUGAUUUACUCUUUCUCUCUUCCGACUCUUGUCCGAAAAUAUUCUCUUUUAGGGAGCAUUUUUAAAAUUUUACUUUUUCUUUCACUUUCUUCAAGCUGGCGAAGGACCCUUUAUUUCAUCAUUUAUAAUGUCACAGGCCACCAAACGCAAACAUGUUGUCAAGGAAGUUCUUGGAGAUUUUGUCUCUCCCACAGAAACCCAGCAGGUCGUGAAGGUUAUUGGUAGCCGUGGCAACAACCUCCAUGAAACCAUCACGGCUCAGGGUGACACGUUCCUGGUGAGCAUGCCCACCAAGUUCCGCAAGAACAUCUGGAUCAAAAGAGGUGAUUAUGUGAUCGUGGAUCCUAUUGAGGAGGGAGACAAGGUGAAGGCUGAGAUCAGCGUUAUUCUAUACAAAGAUCAGAUUCAAUACCUCCAGCAACAAAAGCUUUGGCCAGAGGGCUUCAUGGAGGAGCAGUUGCUGCAGGAAAAGACAAGCAAGCAGCAAGGAGAGGAAGACAAGAGAGAGGAAAAGGAAGAGGAAGAUAGCGAAUCCGAGGAUGAUGAAAGCGAUCUGUUUGUAAACAACAACCGUUGUAACUACGAGUACAGUGAGAGCGAAGAGGAGGACAGUGAGGAAGAGGAUGAGGAAGAGAAAAGGACAGAUAAUGGAUCUUAAUUGCAACAGCGAGAUGAAGGACUUGAAGCGACUGAAAUGAAGCGACUGCUCUGCUGGCUGAUGAGACGGGGGUUCAGUUGUUAUGCAACAGCUCCCUCUGCAGGCCGACGAGAGAAUCCGCUUCAAGCUUUGAACGGUUGGACCCCUUGAACAAACUUAAUUUCCCCCUUUUACCAAAAAUGCCUGGACCAAUCUGUAAUGCCUGAAGGAAUUCCUAAUAAAAGAAAGAAAAGAGAUUAAAUACAUUUUGAUUGUCUUCUCAGAUACCGCUGGCAUCUUGUACCAGACUCAUGUCCACAUGGAAACCUCCGGUGGGAAGUCUUAUCAGUUGAUUUGAGGGAAAAAUAAUAUUUUGACUCAGUGUCUUCAGUUGAACAAAAUUAAUCAGACAAACCUGUAACGCAUGAUCAUCGCUGUAAUAUAAAAUGGGUUUGAAUCAUGUUUUGUUUUUGAUGAUUUUUAACCAAAGAGUGUGGGGGCGUGGUGGGAAUAAGUGUAAUGUUCCUUUGAAGGAUGUUAAUCCCACAACCUGGACCAAUGAGAAAACCACUCUUAUUUUGCACAUUCCACAUUUUCAGAGCUUCUUGUGAAUGUGGGUCAUCAGUUUGGGUUUUAAAGGACCUUAAAUCACAUGCUAUUGGCAUUUCUGAUCCAGUUGCACAUGUAUUUGUUUGUGAUCAAAUGUCUCCAAAUUCAA